UCGCAUGAAACGGCUGCUUUAGCGGAAAUUGCUCGCCAGGUGCUAAGACGAGAAUCGCAACAAUUAACUUUUAGAAAAAAAUUAACGUGACUUAAAACGAACUGAAUUUAGCAAAUCAAGUGGAAAAAUAAAAAUCAUUGUUUCAUGUGAAAUAUCGCAUAGAAAAAAGUAGUAAUUAUAAAAGUGCAGCAGCGGCAGGAGCGCUGCAGUAGAGGAAGACUAUCUAACUCUUGAUAGGCCAAAUUAAAGCGCAAGCGUAAAAGCACUUGGAGUGUGACAAUCUCAGCGACAGGCAAGCAAACGGUUAGACGUACGGACAGUCGUUCGCGCGUACGGCUCCUUUCACCUCCGGACUCCCGUCUGCGGGCUGGUUUGCCACAGACAGGCUCUAUGUUGUAGCGUUGUGUCGGCUAACAGUUUUUCGGUGCGUUUGUACAUAAAAAGCAACACAACAAGAGUGAAAUUUUACUCAAUGAAUUGUCAACUAAAAAUAAAAAAAUCCAUUCAAACAUCAGCAAUAAUUUCACGCAUUUGAGGCUGUGUGUAGUGCGUUUACUAAAUAUUACAUCCAUACACGUGUAAAAAAAAAAAAAAAACAAAUAGAAAAUAACAAAAAGUGGAAAUAAAAAUACAAAGGAAUAAGGAUCUGUUAAAGGUGUGUACGCUCUUUGGCUCAGCUAAAUGUGUAAAUACAUAAACUUAUACAAAUACAUUACUCGCGUGUAGAUAAUAUUUAAGUGUUAAAAAAUUAUAAAAAAACAAAAAAUCAAGAAAUAAAAAGUUGAUAAUAAAAUUGAGUCGUAUUAAAGUGCAAAAUCACCUGAUAAUACAAGGCUUACUUAAACAGUAAGCGCAGGAAAAUCGUUUAGAUACUUGGGCAGUUUAUGAUACCCUGACAGCAAUGAUUACCGAUCGCAACAAAUUCAAUUUUGUUACGAUAUGUAUCGGCUUAAGCCUCCUGCUCACCAAUGCGAGCGUGGCGUCGACGCAAGCAACAAGCAAUACGCAGCAGGAGACUAAUCAACAGCAGCUAGAGCAAGCAGUUCAAAAUCAGCCGGCAAUUGCUGCGAUAUCUGUGGCGCAAAACGAAGAUGCGAGUACAAAUGCGAUUUUAAAUGAGCCUGGAAAUGGAGUAGGCACAGUGCACGCAUUCAGUCCGCGCUUGGAUUACAGCAACGAAUGGCGUCCCGUGGGUCGUGGUGAUCCGCUGAAAAACGAUCCGACAUUCGACUACAGCCCGCCAACGCUCGAGCAUGUACGCUACUGGGCGGAGACAACAAAAGAUAGUAGCAAGGAAGAGAGCAGCAAUGGCAAGCAGGAGGCGAAUAGUGUGCGUUUUGCGCAUCCCAGCAAGAAAGACAUUAUGCUGCUUGGCAUGCCCAAUGAGAAUGUGCGUGCAAGCAGUGGUGCGCAUGCAUCAAAAACACCCCACCAAUACGAAAAUAUGGGCCAGCACGCCUUGCCGCCACACCAGCAUCAACAGCCCUUCCAUCAACCUUACGGUGGUAGCAUGAAAAACGCUAAAGGUGAAACGCCACUACUGCAACCGAAAUACACCUCUGUGCGUCGCAGCUAUUAUGCGCAGCAGCUGCCCACACGCCUGAUGCCGCCACCAAUGCAAGCAAACUCACCGCCACUCAACACAUUCAAUGUGCCCAUGAAACCAUCGCAAGCGGCGCAAGUGCACACCGAGUAUCGUCAUGGCAUGUCUGCAAUGCCGCCACAUGUCUCCAACAUGCCCAGCAUGGCAACCGUGUCGCAUAUGAAGCCGGCGGCGCAGCAUCAUCCCAGCAUGUCAACACCUUCGUCCUCAACAUGGAUGUACAGUUCACCGCCUGCCGCUAUGCAGCAUCACCACUAUGCGAUGUCAAGUGGCGCCGGACCUUUUAUGUCAACAGCUUCACAACCGACGCGUAUGCCGCACGUUUCGCAUGCUUACGACUCACAUCCGCAGGAUUCGCAUCACUACUUCAGCUACACGCGUCCCAACCCGAAUAGUAUGGCCGCGCAUCUGUCGCAAGAGCCGCACUCGCCAAAUUCCUUGCGACACAGCGGCAAUAGCCAUAAACAAAGCGGUGCAGGACGAAAGCCAUGGUUGCAUGAGCUAUUGCAAAAGGAAGUUGUGAAGACAUCUUCCAAGCCUAGUUACUCCACAGCGCCCAACAAGUUUGCCUAUGAGACUACCAAACCAAUCUAUGAACGCAUGCCGUCCAUGAACUCUCUGGGCAGUGGCUUCACUCCAAUCACGCCAGUUACUUUCGUUUCCGGGCCGCCAACCAUCGCAACAGCGGCCGCGACGAUGACCACAACGACGACAACUACAACACGUGCGCCAUCACCGCCUUCCGUUGCGUUCACUCCGAGCGCUUUUUAUCCAACUACGAGUACUACUACGGCACGACCGACUACCAGCAGCACCACAGCGCGUGCCAUUUACACCACACCCACUACGGCCCCGACAACACCACGUACGCCUAGCUCUACGACAACGUCCCGCCUACUAAUACCGACAACAAGCAAUUUGGCUUACAGACCGACUGUUGCGCCAAUGCAAAUGACUACAGACUCGUUAUUCUCACACUACAAGCAACCGGAAGCGCCGCUUCGGGGUCCAAUGUAUCUGAUCAUUGAAGGUCAUUCGAAAGUGAAGAAAUACGGUAAGAAUGGCAUCAACCUGAAUCUGCCGAAGAUAGUGCCCGUAAUACCGAAACGUGAGCCAGUUGUACGUAUCGCCGAACCGGGUGAUGAAAAACGUGGUACACCCGAGACAUUCCAAGUGGAACACCUGCAUGUGAAGACAUCAACGUCUAUGCCGACGACCACGACAACGACAGCUAGAACUGUAACGACUCCGAAACCUGCGACGACCGCGAAGCCUGUGCCCACUACGACAGCUAAGCCUGCACCGAUUUCAAAGAAGGUAUCAACAGUUCUGAAGUCUGCGAUGCCAGCAAACCUUACCGCAGCAACGAAGUCCGCCAAAGAGACAACUCAAAAACCAACAGCAACUUCCACAACAACAACCGCACGCCCUGCAGCCACCACUGUCGCUCCUAAGGCCGCAACCACCACAUCCGCUACAGCUAAAGCAACCACGGAACUUACUAUGAAGGCAGCCGCAGCAAAGCCGACGCAAAAUGAGCCACUAAUCAAACUCGAGCUGCCUAAUGAUCCGCCAACUGGCAUGCAGGGUCUUCUCAGUCUGCUUGACUCAUCGUUGAGUGGAUUCUUUGCAGAGCAAGAGCAACCAUUACAUAUGCCGCCAGCAGCUGCGCAGCUAAGCGAAACAAAGCAGGCGACUAGCGCGCAGAUUUAUGUGACCACACCGAGUACAGUGUUGCAGCCAGUGAACACCACACAUUCAGCGGUCCCACCCGUCAAUGCCGAUGCACGCGUUGGCAGCAAUGCCAACCGCAUUAUGGCCGCCGCCGCAGCCGCGAUGGACGUGGAUCAAUCGGGGUCAGCAGAGUUCAGCCACACCACAGAUGUGCCGCCGCGUGAGGUGCGCCAGGUAUUCGAUUAUGAUCAGCGUCCAGAAUCACGACUCAAGGAUUUCGUAAUUGAAAGCAUUGGUGGCGAGGGCGAUGAGGGCGCGUCAGCUUUCUACGAAGACGAAGAAUUCGAGGAGUAUGACGACGACGCAGAGGACGUUGGCAGUCAACAGCCGAUCAAGCGCAUUGAUAAGUUUGUUGAUUUUGGCGGCGAUGAGGGUGAAUUUGUAGGCGACUAUGAAAAUGUGGCAUUAGAGGAAUUGGGUUUGGGUGAUGCUGUGCCGGUGGCGAAGACAGCAGCAGCGUCAGCGACGGCGUAAUUGCACAUGUUGACAGGCGAUAAGAAGCUCUGUUGGCCACAACAAAUGCGGCUAAUGCUGAUCUUCCUGACCUUUGUCCACUUGCGCGAAACGAAAACCAACAAAGUCAUUGCGCGCGCUUGCGCAGUUGGAUGCUUUGCGCUCAGCUCAACAACAAUCAGUCAUUCAAACGUACAGCCAACACACAAUUUUAAUUUAUUGCCAGUUGGCACUCAAACGCGCAGCUGCAAUAAACAAUUUAUACUUAACUACAACAACGUACUGCUCUACACCAAAUCUACUUUUUAAAACUCGUAUUUUAGAAAUGCAACUUUUUGCUUAGUGUCUUCGUUUUGUCUUCUGAUUAAAUCUUUUAACUUAAAUGUGUGUAAAUACUACAGCUUUAUUUAUGUAUUGUAUUUGUAUUUGUAUUUAUUUAUUUAUGGCUUUUUUUGUGGCAAAGAUUUAUUCACUUACUACGCUUAGGUUUCGUCACGAUUAUUUUGUGAUUCAAUAUUUAUUUAAAUGUCUGCUUAGAUUUUAAGUUUAUUUACUUUAUAUUCUAUGCUGUCGACUUUAAAUGUAAGAUUUUUA